AUGAGCAGACCCGACCCAGCGCUGCAGGAAUUCCUGCAGCCGCUCAAGAUCAACAGUGACACACUAUAUCGUCUGUCCUGUCGUCUGUCCCAAACAUACCGCGAGCUGGCCGCCGGGUCCUCGGACCAGUUCUUUCCAACCGCUACCACGCGUCUGCCUACUGGGCAUGAAAAGGGCCGCUAUCUGGCAGUCUAUUUAGGGCUGUACUAUCUGCGCAUUGCGUUCAUUGACCUCUUGGGUGAGGAGCAGAUGGGCAAGCCUUCCCAUGUGCGACGAACUCUUGAAAAAGCAUGGCCUAUUGAGGAUCGUCUGCGGCGGGAUCAGGCAACAUCACUUUUUGCUUGGAUCGGUGAUUGCAUUGCAGAAGUCAUCCAUGACGACCUGGCAAAUUCCAAGGAUGAUGCGCCUUCAGAGGUGGCGAUGGGCAUUUCCUUUUGCUUCCCGAUCAAACAAAAGUUCAUGGACGAGGCCAUCCUCAUGCCAACCGGCAAGGGUUUUGCACUCGGGUCCUCGCUCAACCUACAUCAGGCCCUACUCGACGGUUAUGAAUGCCAUACACGGCGAUCGGAUGAAGAUUCCGACGAGAUGCCAGCCAAGCGACAGAAGCAAUACUGUCUGCCGAAAUUGAAGGUCACCGUCAUGACUAACGAUACGAUAUCUACCCUCGCUUCGUUGGCAUACUCGAUUCGCGCGCUGCCCAACACCCGCGUCGUCAUGGGCCUGAUUGUCGGCGCAGGCUGCAACUCCGCCGUGCCCAUGAAACUCUCCGACCUACAAGAAUCCAAGACCCGACACAUUCGUGAAAAGGAUCCAGAUGCGGUCGAGUCGAUCGUCUCGACUGAAUGGACGCUCCGCGGGGCAACGGCACCUCUGCAGGAGCUGAAUAUCGUGACGAAGUGGGACUCGGCACUGGAGGCUAAUUCCAAUCGGCCCGGAUUCCAGCCGCUCGAGUACAUGGUCGGAGGUCGCUAUAUUGGCGAGCUUGUGCGGAUUAUUUGCUAUGACUGGUUUCAUGGGACUAAGGGGUUGCCGCCAUCGUCACUACCCCUCAAGCUGGUCGAGGAGUAUAACCUAACAACAGACUUCCUCUCGUUUGUUGUGGCUCCGAGCUACUCAGAUGAGCAGCUGGCAAAGGAUCUGAAUCAACAGCUUCCUGCACCAGCCGACAGUGAUUGGGAAUGGACAUCUGAAUAUGCAGGUCAUAUUCGGUCAGUCGCCGCCGCCGUGCAGGACCGGUCUGCUGCUUUGAUUGCAACCGCAACCGUUGGUCUCCUCGCUUGCACGCGGGAGAUUGAGUUGCACAAUGCAGAGCUCAUGGACUCAAAUACACACGUAUCUCCAACACCCCAGGGUCCAGAUACGGAAUGCAAGAUGCCGGAAUUCGGCUCGUCGAAACCAGGCUGGCAGAAGGGACCUGAAGAAUUGGUCGUGGCUGUCUCUGGCGGAGUCAUCACGCACUAUCCGCAUUACAAGGAGACGAUCCAGCGAUAUAUUGACCGGCUUAUCAUCAGCGCGGGAACACAGAGUGAAGGGAAGAGCAUUUUCCUCCGAGAGGCCACCGACGGGGGUAUCAUUGGAGUCGGUGUCUUAGCAGGGACCGUUGCCGGGAAGAUCGAAGGUAUCAUUGGAUCUACGAUGGAGGAAGAGUGGAAAUCAGAUAAGAACCCUCUAGAGUCGGUAAUGCCGUCUUGA